AUGUCCAAUUCGCACAACACAGUACAGGAUCUCGCGGUGCACGCACCUAAUGGUGGACCACCAAUCACUAUCGAGCAGCUGCGCAAAGAUCAAGACAAUAAUACCAGAGACAAAUAUCCGAGACGUUUGAUCGUCUGCUGCGACGGAACCUGGCAGGAUGGUUUGGCUACCAAGGCUGAGGAGGAGUACACCAAUAUCCUCAGACUUACGAGAGCCAUUAGGCAGGAAGACAGAAGACACUUUCCGCCAACCCCGCAAAUCUGCCACUAUGUUAGUGGUGUCGGCACUGGCUGGUCACUCUCUGAACAGCUUAUUGGCGGUGCCACAGGCAAUACUCUCGGUAUUAAAAUCAGAGAUGCGUACGCGUUCCUGUCGCAAAACUACUGCGACGGUGAUGAAAUAUUUCUCUUUGGAUUCAGCAGAGGUGCAUUCACGGCAAGGACACUCGGCGCGCUGAUCAACGACAUUGGUAUUCUCAACAACAAGGAGAUGGAGCAUUUCUUCGAAAUCUUCAAAGCCUAUCACGACCGCAACGACAGUGGGAACCCAAAGAAGGCGGAGAAGGCGCGCAAUUACCUCGAGCCAUGGCUGUUGCGCAACCCUGCCAACAACCGCCACAAGGGGAGGCAAUUUAUUAUCAAGUGUAUUGGUGUGUUCGACACAGUCGGUGCACUCGGUGUGCCCUCGCUGAGCUCCUCCUUCUUCCCCAAGAUGAAAAGCGAGGAGAACUACAUGGGCUUCCCUGACACGGUGCUUGGUGACAAGGUUGAGCAUUGCUACCAUGCACUCAGCCUGCACGAGAAUCGCCCCAACUUUGUCGACACGAGGCUCGAGGUGAAAAAGGAGAACCUAGCCAAGGGGCAGCACUGCAAGCAGGUGUGGUUCACAGGGUGCCACUCGGACAUCGGUGGUAGUUACAGAGAACACGAGCUGAGUGACCUCACGCUUAUUUGGAUGUGCGCAUCCAUUGAACACCUCCUCUUGCUCGACAUAGAGUAUCUCAGAAGCAUCCCUAAUCCGAUGGAGGGCUGGGGCAAGCAGCAGCCGCACGACAGCCGCACGGGUAUCUUCACUUUAGGCAUGCCUAUCAAGAGAAAACCAGUACUCGAAUUGAGCACCACAGAGAGAUUGCACCCAAGUGUCCUCGAAAACGAUUGCAAACUCGCUAAACCAAUUCAGGAGAAGAUCGACAAAGAGCCGCAACUUAUCGCAUCGCUCCUCCCACUCGAGGAGCAGUUCAGAGCCGAAUGGAAGCAGACUCAUGACGCGGAGGACCGCAAGAAAGGGAGCAAGUACCACACAAGCAAGGAUAAGAAGAACUUUGACGACGAGGAGAAUGAGUCGACAAUGAAGAAGUAUUGGGAUAUGAUACCUAAGCCGUGGAACAUCUUCUCUUAA